AUGGCAACAGAGACUUUCCUAUACACAUCUGAGUCAGUGAACGAGGGACACCCUGACAAGCUUUGCGAUCAGAUCUCUGAUGCUAUUCUAGAUGCUUGUCUUGAACAGGAUUCAGACAGCAAGGUUGCAUGUGAAACUUGCACCAAGACUAACUUGGUUAUGGUUUUUGGAGAGAUCACAACCAAGGCUAAUGUUGAUUACGAGAAGAUUGUUCGUAACACCUGCAGGAAUAUUGGGUUUGUUUCUGCAGAUGUGGGUCUUGAUGCUGACAACUGCAAGGUUCUUGUGAAUAUUGAGCAGCAGAGUCCUGAUAUUGCUCAGGGUGUGCACGGUCAUUUCACCAAGAAGCCUGAGGAGAUUGGUGCUGGUGACCAGGGUCAUAUGUUUGGCUAUGCCACUGAUGAGACUCCUGAGUUGAUGCCUUUGAGUCAUGUUCUCGCAACCAAGCUCGGUGCGCGUCUUACUGAGGUUCGUAAGAAUGGUACUUGUGCUUGGUUGAGACCUGAUGGUAAGACUCAGGUCACUGUUGAGUAUUACAAUGACAAGGGUGCCAUGGUUCCUAUUCGUGUCCACACUGUUCUCAUCUCUACUCAACACGAUGAGACUGUUACCAAUGAUGAAAUUGCUGCUGAUCUCAAAGAGCAUGUUAUCAAGCCUGUGAUUCCAGAGAAGUAUCUUGAUUCAAAGACCAUUUUCCACUUGAACCCUUCUGGCCGUUUUGUUAUUGGAGGUCCUCAUGGUGAUGCUGGUCUCACUGGCCGGAAGAUCAUCAUUGACACUUAUGGUGGAUGGGGUGCACACGGUGGUGGUGCCUUCUCUGGAAAGGACCCAACCAAGGUUGAUAGAAGUGGAGCUUACAUUGUGAGGCAGGCUGCUAAGAGCAUUGUUGCAAGUGGGCUUGCAAGGAGGGCCAUUGUGCAAGUCUCCUAUGCUAUUGGUGUUCCUGAGCCUUUGUCUGUCUUUGUUGACACAUAUGGAACAGGGAAGAUACCUGAUAGGGAGAUCCUCAAGAUUGUGAAGGAAAACUUUGAUUUCAGGCCUGGUAUGAUCUCUAUCAACCUUGAUCUCUUGAGGGGUGGAAAUGGCAGGUUCUUGAAGACUGCUGCUUAUGGUCAUUUUGGUAGGGAUGACCCUGACUUCACAUGGGAAUUGGUGAAGCCUCUUAAAUGGGAAAAGGCCUAA